AUGAAGCAAUCGAGCUUUGAUUCUUGCCUCUUUAUGUCAACUAACAAAGAUCAGCUAAGAAUAGCUGCCUUACAAACGGAUAAUAUUCUUAUAGUUGUCAAUCCAGCUAUAAAAGCAAAGGAAGAGAAGAAGCUGGUCAAAUUCAAGCUAAGGAGCAAGGAAAUGGAGACCUUCACACACGCCGAGCCAAUGAUUUUCAAUAGAUGCAAGCUAUCCUUAGAUAAAAAAAGGUUCGGAUUGUCAGUUAAGCAAAAGGGGCAGGACCUGAAGACUGCGAAGCUCUUUGUGUUCGUGGACGGAGCGUUUGCCAACAACGCUGACCUCAGCUCUCAGAUCGGUUUCGUAGCUAUCCUUAGCAAUAAGGCUUACAAGUGCAAGAGAGUGACAAGAGCAGUAUUAGCCUUUGAGUUAUACGCGAUGUCCUUAAUAAAACUGAGGACUACUAAGAAGAAGCGUCUAAUGAUCGAUAUUAUAGCUAUUCGGGAGUUAUACGAAAGGCGAGAGCUUUCUAAAGUGCAAGUCGAUGGAUAG